AUGAUGGAUAAGGUAGGUCCAGUCAUUCUCCCAAGAGUUGAAGGAAAGGUUAAGGCUGUGGUACACGAUAUAAUACAUGAAAGAGGAAGAGGUGCGCCAAUAGCUAAACUUAAAAUUGAUGGGGAUGGAAAGGUUAGAAAUGAGCUGAUUAUAGCGACUGAAGGGCUUUAUACCGGCCAGGUGAUUGAAAUUGGUGAUGAGGUACCUCUGACCAUUGGGAAUUGUAUGAAGCUAAGGAAUAUGCCCGAAGGUUCAUCCAUUUGUUCUGUGGAGAGGAAGUGUUUUGAUGGUGGCAGAAUUGCAAGAAGCAGCGGAUGUCAUGCAACAAUUGUUGGGUACAACAGAGAUACUAACCUUUGUACCAUUAAAUUGCCAUCUGGCGUUAAAAAGACUGUUAGUGGGGAUGCUAGGGCAAUGAUUGGAAUGAUAUCAGGGAGUGGAAGGGUUGAGAAGCCCCUUCUCAAAGCAGGAAGAGCUUAUUUCAAGUACAAGGCUAGAGGUAUUCAUUGGCCCAAAGUUAGGGGUGUUGCUAUGAAUCCAGUGGAUCAUCCACACGGUGGUGGUAAUCACCAACACAUCGGACAUCCAUCGACAAUUUCCAAGCAUGCGCCACCAAAUGCUAGGGUUGGGCUUGUUGGUGCAAGGAGAACAGGCCGUAGGAAAGGGUCCAGAAAGAUAUUCAAUAAAUGA